GCUCCGCCUCUUCCUCUAUGACUGUAUUAAAGUGAAGGUAAACUUCCCGAAAAUCACUGUGCAGCGCAUCGACACUCUGUCUGUCCGUCCGUCCGUCUGCCCUCCUGUCUCCCAGCCCGACUGACACCAUUUAAAGUUAAAAGGGUUUUUCAGCCAGGAUCAUGCCACCAAAGAGAAGAGCUGCCUCCGCUGCCAAGGCAGGUGGCAAGAAAGCAAAGCAGGAGACACCAAAGAUCAAGGAUGCCUUCACCUCUGCAAAAGAGGCCCUUCUGGCUGCAGGGCCACAGGUGAAAGGCAAGAGGAAGGUGGAUGAGCAGUGCGAACUGUAUGACACUGGAGAGAUAUAUGAAGACUAUGACUGCAUGCUCAAUCAAACAAACAUCGGCCAUAACAACAAUAAGUUUUAUGUCAUUCAAGUUAUUGCAGCAGGCAAAGAUUACUACACAUGGAACAGAUGGGGCAGAGUGGGGGAAACGGGACAGUGCAAACUUAACGAGUUUGAUAAGCCUGAGAAAGCUGUCAAGGACUUUGAGAAAAAGUUCAAGGACAAGACAAAGAACAACUGGUGCGAUCGGUCUAAUUUUGUGUCUCACCCUGGGAAGUAUACCCUGAUCGAAGUGGAUGGAGACCAGGAUGCAGAGGUCAAGGUGGAUAGUGUUGAUGGAAAAACUGUCAGAAUGUCUAAAAAUGUCCUACCCUGCACCCUCGAUGAGGCUACAGAGAGCCUCAUCAAGCUCAUCUUCAGCAAUGACAUGUUCAAGGAGGCGAUGGAAUGCAUGAACUUAGACAUCAAGAAGAUGCCUUUGGGCAAACUCAGUAAGAUGCAGAUUGCAAAGGGCUUUGAAGUGCUGGAGGAGAUUGAGGCAGCCAUGAACCAAAAAAAAAAAGCAGGCAAGUCUCUGGAAGAACUUUCCUCAAAGUUCUUCACCACAGUCCCACACAACUUUGGCCGGAACAGACCGCCAACCAUCAAUACCAAAGAGAUCGUGGAGCAAAAGAAAGAGAUGCUUAUGGUGCUGGCUGACAUCGAGCUUGCCCAGACUCUGAAGUCAGAGACUGAGAAGGCUCAGGAAGAGAUGAUAGAGACAGUUCCUCAUCCUCUAGACCAGGACUACAAUUCUCUUAAGUGCAGGCUUGAUCUAAUGGACAAGGGUUCCGAUAUAUUCAAGAUGAUAGAAAAAUACCUGACAGUGACUUCAGGUGCCUAUCGUAAGCCGAAAAUUGUCAAUGUUUGGGAAGUUGAUCGAGAGAAAGAGGGAGAGCGGUUUAGUGAGAAUGACAAUCUGGAGAACCGGCGUCUGCUUUGGCAUGGUACAAACAUAGCGGUGGUGGCAGCCAUCCUGAAGAGUGGUCUAAGGAUAAUGCCCCAUUCAGGAGGCCGCGUUGGUCGCGGUAUCUAUUUUGCAUCUGAGAACUGCAAAUCUGCAGCUUACGUGCGUACCUCUAAAAACACUGGAGUGAUGUUUCUGAGUGAGGUGGCCCUCGGCAAAGAAAAGACCAUCACCAAAGAUGACUCUUCUUUGAGAAAGGCUCCCGCAGGAUAUGAUAGUGUGGUGGCACGAGGAAGCGUCGAACCAGAUCCAUCCAAGGACGUCUUCAUCACCCUGGAGGGCAAGACGGUUGCUGUGCCUCAGGGUAAGGCCAUAAAACAGGCCCAGUUCACAGAUAGCCACUUCAGCAACAGUGAAUAUCUCAUCUACAGAGAGAACCAGUGUCGCCUUCGCUACCUGCUGGAGCUGAACAUGUGAACACGGUGCACUAAUUCAACUCAAGGAAAGAAGCAGGUCUUUUAAAGGUUCCUCAUUCCCUCAAUACUGUAUAAGGUGCUUCCUAAUAAGCUUGGCUAUGCUCUUCUCUCAUAACCAUAUGGUUAUUGUCUUUGUUCCAUGAUGCAUAAAAAACUCAUACUUCCUUGUGCCUUAUAUUUUGCACACUGUAAAAGUGGCUUGAGUGUGAUAGACCAGACUUAUCCGUUAUAACAAAUACUGUAUUUACUUUUCCCACUACAAUGAAAAAAAAUCUCUUUUUCACUUCUUACUAGAUUGUAAUUUUUAAAUAUUUAACAGACCUCAAGCUAUUUGCACAGUUUUCUUUUUAAGUCACAUGCUUCCCCUUGUUUUCUAUUUCGUAUCUCAGUUGUGGUUUGAGUAACCUGUCGCUCAGAGAGAAAAUGUUGCUGAUAUGUAGGAGUAAUUUGCCGCAUGCUUUUGCAGUUAUAUUGUAAUUUUUAAUCAUGUUAUGUGGUAGACCAGAAGUAAAAAAAUAUACAGUAUGCAGAGAUAGGUUUACAGGCAGAUGGAUAAAGUGCAAUUUGUGGCUGAUGUUCAAGCACUGGUACAAAUCUAAUUCAGCUGUUAAGAAAUACUCUGAAAGUGCAUCUGCAAUGCAAAGUAAUGUAACAUGUACGUCAUGAAUAGCCUAGUAGGUCUUCUAAUAGGUCUUCUAGCAUCAUUACAUAUAUCACCACAUGGUGUCAGUAAUGAGCAACUCUCUUUGUUAUGCAAUUGCCUUAACAUUUUUGCACUAAGACAUCACUUGAUUCAGUGAUUAGUUAAUAAACUGAAGUUCUCCUCAAA